AGCUGUAGAACUCACGUGGUGAUUGCUGCAAAAUCAGAUUUAUCCCUGGCUUCGGGCCAAACAUUUUUUUUUUUUUUCCUUUUUGGAAAAAAAAAGAACUGUGGGAAUCUCAAUUUCCAACCCCUGCCAGUCCUUGGUGAGGUGUUUGUGAGGCAUUAUCAGCUGAAAUUUAAUUGAAUUAGAUUAAUUAGUGGCUGUUUUAUAGAGCAGUUAUCUCGUCGAUAAAACAAUUGGGAUUUGAUUGGCAAGGUGCUGAUAAAAUCACCAACAAUUCCAUUUUUGAAUUUGAUUUUGUUGACUUUCAGAUCAGUGUAACUCAUUCAGAAAGCUCCUGGAAAAAAACCCCAGUGAAAAUUUAAAAUGCUUUAAAAACAGGGAUCAUGUGGGAAAAUAAAAAUUGGAGGAGAAGGUGUGACAAGAGGAACAGGAAGGUGGUCGAUUACUCCCAGUUUCAGGAAUCAGAUGAUGCUGAUGAUGAUUAUGGAAGAGAUUCAGGUCCCCCAUCCAAGAAAAUCCGCUCGUCUCCCCGAGAGGCCAAAAACAAGAGGAGAUCUGGGAAGAAUUCUCAGGAGGACAGUGAGGAUUCAGAAGACAAAGAUGUGAAGACUAAGAAAGAUGAUUCACACUCAGCAGAUGAAGAUUUUGGCAGUGAAGACGACGACGUAGGAGCUGACGACGGCAAAGCCGACAGCGACUACGAGAGCUCUCAAAAAAGCAAAAAAGGAAAGAAAGCUAAACCAGACAAGAAUAAAAGAGCAGCUUCCAAAUCCAGGAAAAGGCCUGCAGAGGACAGCGAGGAUGAGAAGGAAGAUCACAAAAAUGUUCGUCAGCAGCGACAGGCGGCGUCCAAAGCAGCCUCCAAACAGCGCGAGAUGCUCAUGGAUGAUGUGGGCAGUGAGGAGGAGGAGCAGGAGGAUGAUGAGGCACAGUUCCAGGAGACAGAUUCAGGAAGUGAUGAAGACUUCCUCAUGGAAGAUGAUGAUGACAGUGACUAUGGCAGUUCAAAAAAGAAAAAUAAGAAGGUCUCCAAGAAAUCCAAGCCAGAGAGGAAAGAAAAGAAAAUGCCCAAGCCCAGGCUAAAGGCUACAGUGACCCCCAGCCCAGUGAAAGGCAAAGGGAAGGCAGGUCGCCCCACAGCUUCCAAGGCAACAAAAGAAAAGACCCCAUCCCCCAAAGAAGAGGAUGAAGAGCCUGAAAGUCCCCCAGAAAAGAAAAAAUCAGCCAGCCCUCCACCAGAAAAGUCAGGGGAUGAGGGAUCUGAAGAUGAAGCACCCUCUGGUGAAGAUUAAAAUGGCAGUUGAGGAAAAUCUUUGUUUAAAAAAAAAAAAGAGGAAAAAAAAAAAAAAGAAAAAAGGAAAAGAAAACAAUACUUAGGGGUAGAACACGGUUUUGGCUGUGGCUUGACUCAUGGGCUUUGAAUGCUGUCUUUACUUUCAGCUGUUUAAUACAGUGUAUUCUUUUUUAAUAAGAGGAAACCCUUCUACAGUAAUAUUUUGAAGUCAAUGUUCUCUGUUGGCCAUUCCGUUCUCCCUCCCCUGCCAAAUCUGAAAAGCCAUUUGAGACAGAUUAACAGACCAUUCAAUAUUUUAUUUUUUUUUUUUUUUUUCGAGGGAUACUGGCAGUUGUGAAGCAAUAAGGUUUGAGACUGAUCUGUGGAAACCAUACUUAAAAAAAAUCCUGAAGUAGAAUAGAUUUUUUUCCCAGUGCUUGUAAGAGCUGUUUAAAACUAUUAUUCUGUAUUUGGAAUAUAUGGUAAAAAAAAAAAAAAUAAUGAACCUCUGCUUUAA